AAUAUGAUUCCCGUCCUCAUUACCCGACGGGUUUCAAGGAGACUUCUUGGGGGAGGACAGAGAGGAAACGAUCGGAAAGAAAUGGCGUGGAGGGGACAUCUCUCGCGAAAUCUGAAGGAGCUCAGGUUCCUCUACUGCCAGACUUCGUCCGCCAGCACCCAAGCCCGGGAAUUUGUGCAUAGGAAUUACAAGGAUCUGAAGACCCUAAAUCCCAAGCUUCCCAUCUUGAUCCGCGAAUGCAGCGGAGUAGAGCCUCAGCUGUGGGCGAGAUAUGAAAUGGGUGUUGAGAGAUGUGUUCGUCUGGAUGGUUUGACAGAGGCUCAGAUUAACAAGAAACUUGAGGAACUUGUUAAAGCAGGAGAAGCACUGAAAGCUUGAUGGUUUUAAGUUUGUAUUGUAUUCUGCUGUUUGCAAUAACUAAUUUGAAAUAAAAACAAACUGCCACCUCGCACAACUAUCCCAAAGCAUGAUUUAAAGCAAUGUUCUAUCUCUUUAUUUUGCUAAAGUUUGGUAUGAAUAUUCAAACUAAAUAUUCUUGGAAAAAGCUUUUCUGUUUGGUAAU